UAUUUAAUUGAAGCUAUUGCUUAAAACGUCAGUUUCGGGAGUUGGGUUUGUUGUACAGUCUCUUCUCUCUCUCUCUUCUCUCUCCCUCUUCUCUCCUGUCUUUGCAAGCUCUCUCAUAUGGCCGGCCUGAGAUGGCGAGAGUGGUGGAACACGAUGGCGUUCCCCGCGCGGCGCAUCUGGAAUCGUUUCACCGUUCGCGUCGGAUUCCGCCACAGCGGACUCUUGAGGUUACAAAACGAUGUGAGUUCUUGCGAGUACGAAGACAUACACAUCAUGUGGAAUCUGUUGCACAAGAUCGAUGAUCCGACACCCAUACGUGGCGCACGGAUCCAACAACGAAUCCAACAGAGGAAGAAAGCUUGUUGGAAUCUCUUCGAUUCAUAUCUUUGCCAAAGAUUCUGAUUAUAUUUAUUAUAAUAUAUAUAACCUAAACAAAUUUCAAACCAUAUUUGUAAUUUGUGAGAGCCUUGACGGGUCCCCUGCAAGUGUGGUGAGGUUAUUGACAAAUUUCGCUAAAUAUUAAAAUCCAAGGUUGAACGGUUUAGCGGCAAUUCCAUGGCAUGUGUCUCCUCCCUGUAUGUAAUAUAUGCCUAUUAUCAUUAGAUGAGUGUUGUGAUAUAUAAGAUUUAAAUGGUUCCAUA